AUGAUUGCUACAAAAUUAUAUACAUCAGAACGUGGUACACAACCUUUGUGGGAAUUACUAAAUGAUGCACUUAAAUCUGACCAUCAAGAAGAAAUAGAGCCUUGGCUUCCUUAUCUCCAAUUAUUUCGUGCUGAAGUUGAACGGUUACCCUUAUAUAAGAGAGGAUGUUGGCGUGGCACCAAUAAUGCUAUAGGGAAUAAAUUCCAAGUCGGUCACACUGUCACUUGGCAAGGAAUUAGUUCAUGCUCUAAAUCUCUAGAUUUCAUCCUUCAACAUUGUGUUGGUACAAGCGGAACUCUUAUCAAGAUCGAUGUUAUCAAUGGCAGAGAUAUUUCCAAUAUCACAGAUGACUAUAUCACACAAGAAGUUAUUUUAAUGCCUGGAACUACUCUAAUUGUAAAAAGUGUUAAACCAUGGGCACAUAACAGUAAUAUUACUUUCGUAGAACUAGAAGAAAUAGUUGACAAAAAGCGAAACGAAAUUGCACAAACUGCUUCGAAACUACAGGCUUCAUCAUUUAUCGAUCAUGACAAUGCACCUUCAUCGAAAUCAAAUCAUGGUAAUUUUCAAAAUACAAUGCAUGCAAAUUCUGAUCACCGCUACACUUUGAUACAUCGGCUCACUGAUGUCGACUGUGAAAACAGAACAUUAAAACCUAUCGAAAGUUAUCAAAAUAGUCGUAAUAUAACAUUGGAAGAUGCUCUCAAACCCAUAAGAAAUGCUAUUCCUCAUUUGGAUGAUUAUAUACAAAAAGUCAAAAGACGUGUCAAUACAAGUUUUUCAAAUAGUCUUACUAUUGAUGAAUCGGCAGCUAUUUAUUUGUACACUAUGCAAUUAAAUGAUAUAAGUUUCAGUCGUAUGCUUAAUGAAGCAUUAAGAUAUGAAGAUCAAACUGAAGUAAAGAAUUAUUGGUUCAACUACCUCGAAUUAAUUUUGUCAGCUCUUAAAAAAUUACCUUCUAUUAGAGGACAUGUUUAUCAAGGUGUAACUAGAAGAAUUAAAGAAAACUAUCCAAAGAAAAAAAUAAUUACUUGGUGGGGUAUCACAUCGUGUACACAAACGCCAGAUAAUCUUGUAUCUUCAUUGUUGGAUAAAAAAUCUACUUUAUUGAAUAUUAAAAUUCUCAAUGGUAAAGAUAUAUCGACAUAUUCCUGUAAAAAUAAUGAAAUCGAAAUCAUCCUGUUACCUGGUACUCGUUUACGUGUCAAUAAUGUGUCAUACAAUGUUAAUCUUGGCAUUGAUGAAAUCGAUUUAGAAGAAAUAAAUGAUGAAAUGCUUCAAUUGGAUACCACUUCAAAUCAUACUAAAAAACGUAUAUCAAAAGAUGGAUCUUCUAGUUUCGGAUUAACAAGAUCAUCGCAUCAAUCAUGCAAAUUCAAAACAGAUAAAAUUUGGCUAGAAUGCCGAUUUAAAGAUCCAGAAGGUACAACAAUUAUCAAACCUGACGAAUGUGAACUAAAUAUGACUGAACCUUCGGGAAACAUUGAUAGGCAUAUUCUAAAUCGUAUUAUGGGUUCAAUGUUUGGUUUAAUUUUGGGAGAUGCUUUGGGUGCUCAUGUCGAAUUUAGACCUCACAGUUAUUUGCUUGCUAAUCCAGUUACUGAUCUACGAGGUGGAGGGACAUGGGGUCUCGAGAAAGGACAGUUCACAGAUGAUGGAUCCAUGACUCUUUGCUUAGCCAAUUCAUUAGUAGCUCGUCGUGGUUUUGAACCUUAUGAUCAAUUGGUUCGCUAUAAAUGGUGGUUUAGAAAUGGAUAUAUGUCAUCGACAGGAACUUGCUUUGAUAUUGGUGAAAGUACUAGAAAAGCACUUUGUAUAUUCGAAGAUCGGCAAAAAAUCUUCGCUCAAAAACAUGGUAUUCCAUUAGAAGAAAUCGAUUUUCUAUCAGAUGAGCAACUUCUCAAAGAAUUCCCUAUCUUUUGCAGUCCAGAUGAAGCAGCUGGUAAUGGUGUACUUAUGCGUUUGGCACCUGUACCUCUGUUUUUCUACCAAAAUCCACAAGCUGCUGUUAAAUUCUCUGGAAUCAGUGGCCGAAUUACUCACGGAGAUAAGAAAGCCUUUGAUGCAUGUCGUUAUUAUGGAGCCCUGAUUGUAGCCACUAUGCAUAAUGCAGAUAAAGAUCAACUUCUCAGUGAAGAUUUUUAUUUAUCUAAGAUGAAAACAUGGUUUACAAACAAUCCUUUAGAUUCUGAAAUUGAAAACAUCGCCAAAGGAUCAUUCAAGAAGGAAAAAGGGUAUGAUUCUGGAAUACGAGGUACAGGUUACGUUGUCAAUUCUCUUGAGGCUGCAUUAUGGGCUUUUUGGUCUACUCACUCGUUUGAAGAAGGUGUUCUAGCAGCAGUAAAUCUUGGUGAUGAUACCGAUACAACGGCAGCUAUUUAUGGUCAACUGGCUGGUGCAUACUACGGUUAUGAUAAAUUACCGCAAGAAUGGAUCAAUUCUGUCUAUUCCAAGUGCUUCAUUGAAUGCUUGUGUAAAUGGAUUGCAUACGAAGGAAAUCAAUUGUGCUCCAAGAAUUAA